UGGCAUGGGCGGCGCAUUUCCCGGCACCGGUUUCGCCCCUGGAUUCGACCAGAUGCAGAUGAUGAUGGCCAUGCAAAACGGGUUUGGCAACUUUCCUCCGAUGAUGGGUCAGUUCCACCCCACCUGCCUUACGAUGAUUGUGCGACUCGACUAACACUACUUCAGGCAUGCCUGGCAUGAACAUGGACCCGAUGACGAUGCAGAUGUACAUGAAUGGAGGCUUUCAAGGCAUGGGCAUGAACGGCAUGAACAUGAAUAUGGGCAUGGGAGGCUACGGGGGCGAAGCCGAUAACUGGAGCGGACAGCAAUCAUGGAAUGUCGGCCAAGAUAAUUACAAUCAUCCAAGCGCUUCUGGCAUGGGCAAUGGUGAUUAUGGCUCGCUUAACUCUGGCUUCCAGACAGGAUACAAUCAAGGUAAUUAUGGCCACCAGAACCAGUUCAAUGACUAUCGCCGGAACCAUUACGGAUUCCGCGGUAGAGGUCGAGGCCGUGGUUACGCAUACGGAUACGGGCGCGGGGGCUACCAGCACGGAUACGGCGGCGGCAGCGGCAAUUGGAAUGACCAGGGUUACGAGGGGCCUCCGUAUCAGAACGGCCAAGUCGACCACCAGGGCAGCGGCGAAACGAAUCCGGAUGCCAAUGUCGACGAGUUUGGGCGUUCACUCCGCGGUGAUAUCGGGCAGGAAGGAGACGGCCAGCAAGCGCAUGCCGGAUGGGGAGGCGCCCCGGACACUGCGAACCAGGGCCCCAACGAGGGCGGUGAAGGCGCAGAGGGGGCGCUGCCGCCUCCGAACCCCGACGUGCCCCUGAAUGCGCCCAAGGGCCCGAAAGCCAUGCUGCGGGGUCUUCCCAACACGAGCAUCUUACAUCUCCAAGCUAGAGGCUGGGUGGAUGAUGAUAAGCCGCCGACGCCCACCAGCGCCGCAGGGACAGGGUUCGACCGGGGACGGUCGCGGAGCACUUCGCUCCACGGCUCCCACCGCGGCAGAUACCACAGCGAACGCUACCAGGACCAAAGCCGGGAGCGCGACUACAGCGGCCGGGACCGUCACCGCGACCGAGACAGGGACAGAGAUCGAGGCAAGGACCGCGAGCGCUCCUCCAGCGAGAGCCGCAGUCGUAGCCACGAUCGCAGGGAGCACCGCCGCAGUAGGCGGCAGCGGUCGUACUCGCCGGCCGAGGACGAGGAGAGCGGGGACGAGCGGCGCCAUCACCGGUCGUCGCACCGCAGGAAGCACUCGUCGUAUGGCGUCGAGGAGCGCGAGGCCAAGUCCCGUCGGGACGAGCAGGAACAAGACGGCCGGGCGAGGUCGGCCUCGCCUCCGGCCGAGGACAGUCAGCGUCGGAGUCACCGGAGCAGCCGCAAGGAGCGCGACUCGGAGAAACGCCGGGAGCGGGACAGGGACAGGGACAAAGACCGAGAUGAGCACCGGCACCGGUCGCACCGGUCGCACCGCGAUAAGGAUCGCGAUCGGGACCGGGAGAAGGAUCGUGACCGCGACCGCGAGAGGGAUCGCGAUCGUGAUCGCGAACGGGACCGCGACCGCGACAGAGACAGAGAGCGAGACCGCAAAGACCGCCAUCGCGAUAGAGACCGCGACCGCGAGCGAGACAGGGAUCGGGACCGGGACCGUGACCGCGACCGUGACCGUGACCGUGACCGUGACCGUGACCGAGACAGAGACCGCGAAAGCCGCCGCGACCGCGAAAAAGACCGCCACCACCGAAGCAGCAAAACCACCUCUGCCGCCGCUGAGCUCCCUUCCACCGACACUGCCAACAACCCCGAAACCAACAACAGUGAAUCCAAUUCCCCUCUCGCCGCGCGCUCUGCCCUAGGACGCGGAGGAGGAGGCCUCGAGAUCAAAAGCGCCGCCGCUGCCGCCGGAGCACCGACGACCACAAACACGGGAGACGUUAGUAACAACAACAGCAACAGCAGCAAUCACACCAACAACCGACGCUCGUCCCUCACCACCCCCAACACCAACCCGAACAACAGCGGCGACGCGCACGCGGCGGAGCGUGCCGCGCGCGACAGGGAGAGACUGCUGCGCGAGACGCGGCGGAUGGCGAGUCUGACGGGGCUGGCGGGUUCGAAGCGGAGUCGGGAGAGCCGUGAGGGUCGAGACGGCAGUGGCGGCGGUGGUGCGGAGGAUGAUGGUUGUGGGAGGAAGAGGAGUCGGGGCAACUUGAAGGGUCUCAGUCUCAGGAGAGGGGUUGGGGAGGGGGUUGGGGGGAAUGGUGGGGAUGUGGAGGGGGACGGAGGGUUGGAUGAGGAGGAGCGGGAAAGGGCGAGGUUUGAGUAAAAAAAACAAUAAGUAUCUGCCUUCAUACUCAGUGGAGGGACAUUUGCUGGCGUGAGUAAUACACUCAUGGCUUGGGGAUGGGGAAGUUGGGGGGUAAUAGAGUGGUUGGUGUCCAGUCGAGAUUGGGUUUGAGGGGUGUCUGGUCCAAGGUACAUGGUAAAUUCUAUCUGCCGACCUGCUUUUUCCUGGGGAUGACGGCCAGCUAGCCGUUGAGCUGAACGGCCAUCAGCUGAGAUUUGGAAUGGAUGGGUGGAUGGCUGAGUGCAGGUGCUGGUGUAGUCUAUGUACGUUGUUGCUAAGGUUUGGGCUUGACCGAGGAAACCAUUAUCAUUAAACACGGGG